GUCAACGUCACUUGACUGCCCCUCCUUCACCCUCCCAUCCUCACGGUUACUUGUACCUACAUCGCCCAGCAAUAAAUCAGAAACCCAAUACCUACAAGCAAGCAAAUGACAAUGAUCAACGCCGUCGACGAAACAUCCCUCGCCGCAUCGCCCACCGAGCGACGCAAUUCUCUGGAGAAACAUCUCCUGAACCGUCCUGAUCCCCAGGAUCUCAAAGAGAGACACAUUCUCCUCGACACCAAUGUUGCUCCAUCCAUCCAAGCAGCAAGACAGGAACUAGACCGUCAGCGCACAACUGAUAAUCUGAAGAAACACCUUGAGCACAGACCGGAUCGCGAGGAACUAGUUGAGCGCAAUAUCCUCCCGCAUACCAAUGCAGCUCCCGCGCUUCAGGCACACGCCCGCGAACUGGAGAAACACAUGCUGGCCGAUCAUCUCGACCAGAAGAUUCAAAACCGGCCGCAGCCGGAGGACCUCAUGGCUCAGGGGAUCUUGACGGAGGAUGAAGAUCCGAGGCAGCCGACUAUUUGAUUGAUUCUGUCUUUGGCAGCUGUCGAUGGGUUAUGAUGGAUAUGGGUCAUGGGUUAUGGUUUGAUGGACGGAGUAUAUGGAUGGAUUAAUGGGUUACAUUUGACGAUUUCUUGCUCUACACAUACAAAACAAAAAAUAUGGUAAAUGACAUACAACAGAGGGCAUGAGAUACGAGCUUGAUAUGGAAAUAUUUACCUCAGCUCCUGGAAUAGUUUAGUUUAGUUAAAUCUAGGUUACUUAGUUCAGAAGAUUCUCACUCUUCUAUAGAUACAUGGAUCAAACAUACAUACAUACAUACAG